AUCGAAAUGAUGCGGUGAACGACGCAUGCUCAAAAUUCAACGCAUGAAAUUCCUCUUCUCUUCCUUGGGAAAGGUCCUCGGCUUCUUAAAACAUGUCUGAUGUGGAAAACGAUGAUGUGCCAUCUGCGAUGGCAGCAGGUGGCAGUAUGGAUGUUAAUACUGCACUACAAGAAGUAUUGAAAAACUCUCUCAUUCAUGAUGGUGUUGUACAUGGUCUUCAUGAAGCUGCCAAGGCAUUAGACAAAAGACAAGCCAUGCUUUGUAUCUUGGCUGAUAAUUGUGAUGAACCAAUGUACAAAAAAUUGGUUCAAGCAUUAUGCAAUGAGCAUCAAAUUCCACUGAUAAAGGUAGACAAUAACAAAAAGUUAGGAGAAUGGGCUGGAUUAUGUAAAAUUGAUAGUGCAGGCAAAGCUCGUAAGGUAGUCGGUUGCUCGUGUGUCGUCAUAAAGGAUUUUGGAGAAGACACACCAGCAAAGGAUGUCCUAAUGGAAUAUCUGAAACAAAGUGCUGUACAUUAAAAAUCUUUUAAUAAAAUAUUUGACACAAAUUAAUACAAAUAUGA